AUUGAAUUGAUUUUUAAAAGUUAUUUACCUUUGUGUUGAAAAUAAUACAUAAAACUUCCUUUGAGAUAAAAGCGAAACAUUGAUAUUUUAACAGAAAAAAUAGGAAAAACUGAAGUAAAACAGUAGACGCCUAACAGCAAAAUCACUUGCAGCACAAAGAGGAAAGAAAACUUACAACAACAACGAGUUAGACGAGAGCAAAAUAAAGAAAUUUUUUUGGUGUUUUGUGUAUUUUACAUAUGUGUUGCGUAGUGAAUCAGCUAGAAUAUUUCUCCUCUGUGCUGCUUUUUAGAUAAUUUCACAAGACACAAAAUUAUUAAAUGACGAGAUGAAUAUAUAUAUGAAAACAAAAUAAAACACAUAGAACUUUUGAACAUUGCAUAUUAUUGAGCCGUAACGGGAAGCAGUUAGGAAGCACCCUGUGUAAGCAUAAAAUAGCAAUAAAAACAUAUGAAUAUAGCAGAAUAAGCAAUCGCAGAAAACGGAAAACAUGGUUCGGUUUUGCUUGACUGUUGUGUGAAGUAAGCUGAUUCAAAUAAUACUAGCAGCAGCAAACGAAGAAGACGACCGCAGGCAGUAGAAUAUAUUCAUCAUCAAGUUAUAUUUCACGCGCAGCGAAACUGACAAUAGACGGUAACAGCAGCAAGCACUAGCAACAAGAGCAGUCAGUGUAAGAGGAACUUUGUGGAAAAUUGCAAAUGAACAAAAUUGUGUAAUUUUCAAUGUGUGUUUGUUUUAAAUUUAUUUUAGUUUCUAACUAAAGUCGUCAGUGCUAAAGGCAUAAUAUACACGUAUAUUUGUCAACUUUUAUACCUACUGCCGCUAUAUUAAAAUUUAGUGUUUAAGAUAACAAAAAAAAGGGCAGAAAUACACGGAAUAAAACCUAAACGUUUAGUGUGUAGAUAGAGCUGAAAAAAUGCAACAAGAUUGCAGUGAAGAAAGUUGGCUGGAAGAGCAAUGUCAUCGGGAGAUCAACGCCCAACACGACGAGCACGAACGCGACUACGUAAGGAAUCGUGAUAGCGCCUUAAGUAAUGUAUGGGGUGCAUUUCAGGAUUCAGCAACAGCAGUGGCACAUCUUUACAGAGAACGUUCUUCAAACACGUAUCCUGAUACAGGCGCAUUAUGGCUUCCAUUUCAAACAGCUGCAGGCACUGUAACCACACUAUACAAAGAAGCAUGUGAUGGUGUGAAGCGAACCAGUGACUCAGCUGUACAGUGCGGCUAUCAGCGGCGUACACGUGAAUUGGCCGAUUGGGCCAGGAGUAAAAAACGUCGUAUGAUACGUCGCGAGGAUCUUUUAGCCUAUUUGGCUGGCAAGCCGUUAACAAAUCCUAAUCGUCGUUCACCAAAGCCAGAACAUUCGCACAAUCACUCAAACACCGGUGCUGUGUUCAAUACAAACGCUUCACACCAUACACCGCCUCAUAUGUACAGCUCACAUCACCAUCACGCUCAGCAUCAGAAUCAUCAUCAUCAAGCAGCCGGCGGUGGUGCAACUAAUGAGCCAACAAAUGAUUUGCACACAUUCAAAGAAGCGCUUGUCUUACGGCCACGUGGGCCCGAACUAUUUGCAUUUGUUGCCAACGAAAUCGCCCGUCACUGCAAACGUCCAGCCAGUCCCAUCGAUGAUAAAAUGGACAUCUGCCAUUAUAGCAGUAAACGACAGCGUUUCAUGUAGAAAUUUUUAAUUUAACUCAACAAUGGUAGUGUUAAAGCAAUUUACGCAUAAUUAACCAUUUAAAUGGCAGUCACAGGCAGUAGAAAGGAUAUAUAGUUGCUAGAGUAAAGUUCAUAAAAAAAACUGGAAAAAUAAUUUAUAACAUCUCAAGGAAAUACGAAAACUAUUCAAUACACACAAUAUUAUAAUCAUAUUCGGAAAUUAGUAGCGAAAAGAUUUGGGAAUACAAAAAUAUUGAAUUUGGUACUAAAAAAAAACAAAAACAAAGUGCGCGAUAUGCCCGUUUAUUACAUGAACGCUUAACGUUACUUCUACACGAUAUAUCCUAAAGAAAUAUACAUAUAUAACAAAAAUACAACUGCUAGUGCGCGAAUUUACAAAGAAAAUUUUUAUUAUUUCCUUUUACUCUGAUAAUAACACUUUCGUAGAUACCAGUAGAGUAACUUAAAAAUGUUAAUAUAUACUUUUUCACUGUAUAGAAAAGAAAGCUUAAUCAAUAUCAAAAUUAUUGAAUAAUAUUAUAUUAUAUUUUAUAAGUAUUAUUUGAAAAGGUACAGUUCUUGUGGUCGAAAACUAAAGUGAUACGCGCGUCAAAAUUAAAUUUGAAUUGAAUUUUGUUAAAAAAAAUUAUUUUACUACGAUUAUUCACAAUAAAUUAUAUAAUCACAAUAGCACGUGAUUCGUUUAAGCAUAGUCACUGAUAUUUAAAUAACGUUAUUUAAAUAAUCGCAUGCAGUUUGAGUAAAUGUACUCGCCGUUCUAUUCAUAUACGUGUAAGUUUAAAUAUUGGAGUUUUUAAAUGAGUACAUUGAAAAUAAGUGAAGGUGAUUUAAACUAUGCACAGAAGUAUUUAGGAUUUAGUUUGUGGUUUGUUAAAAUUUGACUACGAUUUAGUUAUCUACUUGUACUAAGUGCUAUUAUUUAAGCGUUGGGAUAUAUUAUAAUAUAUAAUAUCAAAAAGCUCUCAUAUUCACAUGCUAAUUAAGUGCGUUGUAAGCGUAUAUAAUUGUAUCAUUUAUAUGAUAAACACAAUACGUGAAUAUAAGUAUAAAAUAAACAUUUUGUGAAGAGAAAUAAUAAUCUAAAGGAAACUAAUAA